UCACUCGUGGAAGCUGGAAGCUAAUCAAACAAACCAGAGCUUCGAUCCGUUUGUUCCCGAAUUUCAAUUUUCCAUGUAUUUAUGAUCAAAAUGACGAUUGUCACUUCCACCCAACAUUAUUGAAAUUCUUUAAAUCUUAAACCAGAUGAUGGCAUCUUUGGGGUGGUCACCACCAACCAUUGCAACAGCUCCUGGUUCACAGUUCCGUCUGCAAAGCCUGGGAUUGUUGAAAGCUCCAAGACCACUACAUGGGUUCACCUUUUCUCGUAUUCGUCUCAAACAUGCCCCUAUUUGUUGCACCAAAUUGACUCCCUGGGAACCUUCCCCCAUCACAUAUUCUCUUACUGAAGAUACAGAUGAGAGCUUCUUGAAAGGAAGUAGUAACAUAUUUGAAUCUAUGAAUGCUAAAGACACAGCUCAAAUUCCAGCUCCUGGUAUUGUAAAUGCAAGUGAUCAGCUAUCCUUGCCCCAACUUCUUAAAUGGCCUAUAUGGCUUCUGGGUCCUUUUGUGUUGCUUACCACAGGCAUGGUACCCACACUAUGGUUACCUUUGUCAUCUGUAUUUCUUGGUCCUAACAUAGCCAGCUUUCUUUCCUUAGUGGGGCUUGAUUGUAUCUUUAACAUUGGUGCAACCUUGUUUCUCCUGAUGGCUGAUGCAUGUGCUCUACCUAGGGAGCCAACUGAAACCUGCAAAAGUGAAGCUCCUCUUAGUUACAGAUUCUGGAACAUGGUUGCAAGCGUAGUUGGCUUUGUCAUCCCACUGUCAAUGCUCUUGGCUACGCACAAAGGCAUUAUAGAACCACAACUGUCAUUUAUCUCUUUUGCUGUACUUUUGGGUCCCUACCUUCUGCUUCUGUCUAUACAAAUGUUGACAGAGAUGCUGACAUGGCACUGGAAAUCAACAGUGUGGCUUGUUACCCCAAUUGUUUACGAGGCCUAUCGGUUGUUGCAGCUGAUGAGGGGGUUGAAGUUGGCGGCAGAACUUGGUACAUCUGCAUGGGUUGUGCAUACAAUUAGAGGGCUGGUUUCAUGGUGGGUGCUGGUCCUUGGGAUGCAGUUAAUGAGGGUUGCCUGGUUUGCUGGAUUCACUGCUCGAGUUCGCAAACAACCUUGAGCUCCAUUCCAUCCCAUCAAUUGUAGAUAUAUGUUUUUAGCUCUCUAGCCAUGGGAAAGACUCAGUGCAGGAUUCUGGUUUCAUGGCUGCAUCUUUUAGUGUACAAUUGAACAAUGUAUACAUUUAGAAUUCAAGAAUUGGUACAAAGAACAUGUUGAAGUUGCUAAGGCUCUGAGUUUUCUAUUAACUGUGUGAAACUACUUCAUUCUGGAUCAUAGGCUGUGUAGUAAAUAUGGGGAAUUUGAGCAUCUAGGGUUGGGAAGAUUACGAUCCUCGUGCUGAUCUCCUCUCUUGAUUGUGCCAUGUUACAGGCCAGCUUGGAUUUUCUAUUAUAAAUACUGGGUAUCCAGAAUCUCCCUAGAGAUUAUUGCUUCCUCUUUGCUUUGAUUAUUAUCAAUAAAAGCUCACUAUGAUCAAGAAU